AUUUUGUCUGGGCACGUCGUGAAGCUAGUUUCAUCGUUCGUCGGAUGGUUGCAGAUGAUGUGCAGCUCGCUCUUCCUCUGACCUCGAACCGUGGACCGCUGUAGAUCCAUUGUCCAUUGAGUCUCCACAUCUCGACUUGCCGCAUCCCGCUCUGCCCCAAGCCUUCCUUUUCGCCAACCCACCUCCAUCACACCCUGCUAUACUCCCGCAGCAAUCAUGCCUAUCGCCCACGGGAGGACCUUAGCCCUCGUACGACCGCUGAGAUUGACUGCGACUGCGACUGCGGUGCAGCCAAGCCACGCUCUUGGACACAGACCAGCUCUCUCACGGACCUACUUCUCCAUCCACCAUCCAGAUCCUGCACCGUUCCCCGAGACCCAAGAUCGAAUCCUUUCGGCUGCCAUUAGUCGAGUACCUCAACAUGGCUUCACGGAACGGGCAUUGGCGUUGGGAGCUAAGGAUGCUGGAUACCUCGAUGUUACCGUCCAGCUCUUCCCCCGGGGUGUCUUUGAUCUCAUCAAUUACCACCUGGUAACGCAAAGACUGGCGUUAAAAGAUACUGUACAGUUUCCAGAGAGUUCUACGUUGGGCUUGGGAGCAAAAGUUAGGACGCUGACCAUGUCACGGCUGAGAGCAAAUGCAGAAAUCAUCCAUCAAUGGCAAGGGGCCCUCGGCUAUAUGUCACUCCUCGAGAACAUCCCUGCAUCGAUGAAAGAACUUCAUGCUUUGUCGGAUGAGAUUUGGUAUCUCGCCGGAGACACCGCAGUCGACUUCUCCUGGUACACGAAACGAGCCUCCCUCGCAGCCGUCUACGCAAGUGCAGAGUUGUUCAUGACAAGGGAUACAUCACAAGAAUUCUCAGCAACAGAGGAAUUCCUCGACCGCAGGUUGGGAGAUGUACAACUCCUCGGAGGCACUGUUGGAGGACUGUCACAAUAUCUUGGCUUCUGGGCGAGCAACAGCGUGAAUUUGGCCAGAUCUUGGGGUAUGAGGGUGUGAAAGACGGAGGAAGGGGAUUCAAACCUUUGUUUCACUUCCGAGAGAAUAUCUCAUCCGGCCUGUCGCCUUUGGUAACCCAGUCUAUCCACCGAAGUGGGUAUUCAGAAGGUACUGCACACCUGCCAAAGAGAUGGGCGAAAGACGCUUCACCUCGUCUUAUUCUCUCUAUCCACCUCCGACGGUUUCCAAAGCCGGCGAAAAGGGAUUUUGGUCGCCCUUGAAUAUAUGGGAUUACUACAGAAGCGAGGAGGUAUGAAUGGUGGUCAUUCACCGUGCAAAAAUGGAUAUCACAUGAAAUUCCCGCCAGAGGUGCCUUUCAGCUUGGCUAUCGGACUUUGACGUCCUCGGUCAUUGAUACGGGGGUUCGGUUCCCAAAAGGCGGUCGAGCCUCGAGGAAGAGCUUGUCAAAUGCUGGGUCACUGACAGCAAGAAGACAAACGGUAACAUCUAUGCCUCGUGGUGGCAUCGUUGAGGAAUUUAAUCCAUUGACAACCAGGUUGCUGCGAUAUGUCGAUUCAGCACUGUCAAGGGCAUACAAGGAGGCCGGUGAAAGAAAACUGGCUAUUCUACUGCACCUGGACGUUCUCCAUUGCCCGGAAGCCAAUGAUUGUCGCGGAUCUUUGUUUGCAUCCAAGGAAACCAUUCAGCAGUGCCCGCUGUCCCAAAUAGCAUGUGUGUUCAACGAAGCCCGAGGGUGUUUGACCCACCGGUCUUAUGGUGGUGCUUCACGACUUCCCAGGCAGAGCCUAGGUGUGUCCUCUAAGGGAAAGAUUGUAACAACAAGUGGAUAUACUGUUUAAUAUCGAUAGCAUACAUGUACUCUGGACCGCAAUGACUGCAAAGAAAAUUCUGGAAA